AUGGCAGGCUCUGCACAAUCAGACGAUGAUAGUGAUCGUGAAUUCGAAAAUGAACGAAUAGAAGUCAAGUACUACAUGCUACUGGAUGAUAAUGAAAAGCUUGAAAAAGAUCUUGAAGAAGCUUUGAAAUCUGCAAAGACAGUAAAGACCGAAGUACAAGUUGUUGAGAAAGAGUGUGAUAACUAUCCUCUACAUGUUGAGAAGAUUGAGUACUUAACCAGCACAUUGGCAAAAUUCACUCAAGGCAAAGAAAACCUUGAUGUUGUGUUGAGAUCAUCUGGAAGAGCUAUCCACAAACAAGGUAUUGGUUAUAAGGCUCAAAGUAAUAGGAUAAACUCAAAGAAAUUUAUUGAUCUGAGUAAACCUACUACUAAUGCAUGCUUUUACUGCAAUACACUUGGUCACACAGUACAAAACUUCUAUUUUAGAAAUGUUGGUGUUCCAAAGGGAAAAUACAAAUGGGUUCCCAAGGAACAACUUUCUACAACUCACAAGAAAGGACCCAAAUUCAAAUGGAAAUCAACUUUGCAAUUAAUGAAAUCGACUAGAUAUCUCUAUUUUGGGCUUUCUGUAUUUGAAAAUUUAAAUGUGGGCUUAUUUGAGUACAUCUCUUUCGCGCCUUUAUAUAUGCAUACCAUGACUAUAGUUGUAAUAUGCAAAACCCUUGUUUGUGUCAAAGAGUCUCUACAUUCUUUACAAAGUUUUGGCAAGAUGGUCGCCUCAUCUUCUCGCCUAGGAAAGCGUUCAUCGUCUUCUAGAAGGGAAGCGAAUCCGUUUGGCUGGUUUAGUGAUGAUGAUCAACGCACUGAUUUCAUAUGCCAGUGGGGUUACAAGGAAGUGAUCAGGCACAAAUGCAUGAGCAUUCUAUUUUUCCGCAAUGAAGGUUUCGUGUUUCAAGAAUUGUUGGAGAAAGUUGGUCUGACCAAAUUUGUUGAACUUCAAGGGGAUUGUUAUCCAAACCUUGUGAAGGUUUUCUAUUCAAAUCUGAAAAAGGAAGAUAAUUGUCUCACCUCCAAAGUGAAAGGUGUCAAUAUCAUCAUUGAUCCUCUCAUAUGGAAAUAUGUUGCUGGAUUUCAAGAAGCAGGAAUGAAGGCUCAUCAAGGCAUUCCAGGAUUCUACAAAACUGAAAUCUAUAACAAUUUCUUGAAGAAUCCUGACAUGGUAGGAAAAUGUGAAUCCUUUAGCAUUGAAAAUCUGACCAAGGAAGAAAGCUUGUGUGCAUACGUGAUCACCUGGAUUUUACUACCAAGAGGUGAAGAUCAAUACUUACUGAAUGGUGAAGAUGUGUACCUAUUGUAUGCAUUGCAAACUGGUACUCCAAUAGAUUGGUCUUUUGUGAUUGAUGAUUACAUGUUAAAGUUUGCAAAACAAAAGGAGUAUCAUCUACCAUAUGGAGUGUUCAUAAGUAAAAUUUUGAGAAUGCAGAAUGUGGAUAUCACACAUGAAAGAACAAUUUGUUGCAAUAAGCAUAAUGUUUUAGAAGAGUUGUUCUUAUACUUAGUAGGCUUCCGAAAAGGAAAGGAAGGUUGGAUAUUCAAGGAUGAGUACAUUCCUGGUACUGAUGAAAUGAAUCCUGUAAAUAUUGAUUCAGCAAGAUAUGAAUUUCGGCCUCAAACAAGAUUUGAAGAAUUUGUGGAUGAAAGAUUCAAAAGACUUGACAAGAAAAUGAUGAUGCUUCACUGA